UCAAAAAUUAUAACCUAAAAGUUUGUUUAUGACAAAGACAAACAUUGAUAUUCAUUCUUCAUUUAAAAAGAAAAUAUUUGAUAUUAGCAAAGCUUUCUAAAAAGCGAGUGAUGAAAAAGAUAUUCAGUAAAUGAAUAAUUUAUUGAAGCCGAAAAAAUGUCUGAGGAAAAAUUGUUGCAUUAUAUACCAAGUGACCUGCAAGAAUUAGCAAGGGUAGUUGUUAGAGGAUUUUAUUCCAUUGAAGAUACUUUGAUAAUAGAUAUGCUUAUCGCCAAUCCGUGCAUGAAGGAGGAUGACAUGUGUGAAUUGUUAAAGUUCGAUAAGAAAAUGUUGAGAGCUCGUAUUGCUGUUCUGAAAAAUGACAAGUUUGUGCAAGUUCGACUAAAAAUGGAAACUGGUUUGGAUGGUAAAGCUCAAAAAGUUAAUUAUUACUUCAUAAAUUACAAAUCAUUUGUGAAUGUUGUAAAAUACAAACUUGACUUAAUGAGAAAACGACUGGAAACUGAAGAGAGAGAUGCUACUAGUAGGGCAAGCUUCAAAUGUCCUAGUUGUUUGAAGACAUUUACUGAUCUGGAAGCUGAUCAGUUGUUUGAUUUUAUGACAAGUGAAUUUCGUUGCACAUAUUGUAGAGAAGUUGUAGAAGAAGAUUCAUCGGCAUUUCCUAAGAAAGAUUCAAGACUGCUUUUAGCCAAGUUCAAUGAACAAUUGGAACCUCUUUAUAGAUUGUUACGUAAAGUAGAAGGUGUUAAGUUAGCUCCAGAAGUAUUGGAACCAGAACCAAUAGAUAUUAGUACUAUUAAAGGUCUUGAGAAGAAAACUUCUCAACCUUCUGGGGAUGCUUGGUCAGGGGAGCAAACUAGACAUUCAGGUUUUAUGGUUGAAGAAACUAGAGUGGAUAUUACAAUAGGGGAGGAGAACAAUGAUGCAUCUGCAGCUACAAGAAAAGAACAACCAAUUUGGAUGACCCAAUCUACUGUUAUUACAAAUGCAGAUUCUUCUGAAAUUAAUACAGAAGAUUCUAUUAUGGGUAGUAAUACUGAUUCAGCAAUGAACUCUAAGAAUGAAGAUAUAAUGAGCGUUCUUCUUGCCCACGAAAAGCGGCCAUCUUCUAAUGCAGUCAACAGCCUGAAACCUGUGAAAAAUGAUUCAGACUCAAGUGAAGAUGAGAUGAAUGAAGUCAAGGAAGUAGUGGGAGAUGUUGAGACUAUGGAGAGUGAUGAAGAAGAAGAUGGAAAUAUUCCUACUGUUACAGUAGGCAAUAAAACCUAUAGUAUUACGGAUAUAAAUGAUUCCAUAAUUGCUGAGAUGACUCAGUCAGAGAAAGAGAUUUAUGUACAAGUUUUUCAGGAUUAUUAUUCACACAUGAGCUAUUGAUUUUCCUCCAAAAUAACUUAUUCUAUUAAUAGAAGUUAGGGAAAAUAUGUGAUUUCAUAGUAUAUAAGUUAGAAAUCUACAAUAAAGUUUGUUAUUUUUAA